AUGCUGUACAAUCGAGCUCCGGCUACCAAGGUCAUUGAGGAAAUCGAGAAGCGCCGUGUCGAUGCCGGUAAGCUUGUUGCCGGCGUCGCUGCGGCGUCCAACAGUGACAUGUUCAAGGGACCGCAAGAUGGAAAACCAACAGCAAAACGAUGGGAUCACCACAUCAGCGAAGAAAGCAGACUGCGCCAGCCAUGCGCGCUCAAGCAAGCUGCCCAGUUUCUCAAGAAGCCAGGCCUGAUUUCGCUGGGAAGCGGUCUGCCUUCCAGCCAAGUCUUCCCCUUUGCCGAGCUCUCCAUGAAGAUCCCCGUGGUGCCCGAAUUCUCGGAGCAGGCCACCUCCGAGGCUGGCGCGCGCGCCACAAUCGGCAAGUAUGACAUGCAGGACGGCAAGGCCGAGUACGACUUGUCCAUUGCGCUCAACUACGGCCAGUCGACGGGCUCGACGCAAAUGAUGCGCUAUCUCACCGAGCACACCGAAAUCAUCUGCCAGCCGCCCUACGCCGACUGGGCCAUCUGCCAGACCAUUGGCAGCACCGGAGCCCUGGAGCAGGCGAUGCGCAUGCUUUGCGACAAGGGCCGCCGCGAUGCCGUGCUGACGGAGGAGUUUGGCUUCUCGACGGCCAUGGAAACGAUUGAGCCGCUCGGUGUCGGCAUCUUUGGCACGUCGGUUGACAGCCAAGGCAUUGUCGCAGAGGCAAUGGAUGCGCUUCUCAGCAACUGGGAUGAAGGCGCUCGAGGCUUCCGCAAGCCUCAUGUACUGUACACCGUCCCGUCCGGCUCGAACCCUACCGGUGCCACGCAGGGUCUAGAGCGUCGCCAGGCCAUAUAUGCCGUGGCUCAGAAGCACGACAUGAUUGUCAUAGAAGACGAGCCAUACUAUUUCCUGCAAAUGGACCCCUACGGUCAAGGGGAAUCCCCCCCUCCCGCUACCAUCGACGAGUUCGUCGCAUCGCUGGUGCCGUCGUACGUCAGCAUCGACGUGGACGGCCGCGUGAUGCGGCUCGACUCCUUCUCCAAGGUCCUGGCCCCCGGUUCACGACUCGGCUGGGUAGUAGCCUCGAAACAGCUCAUCGAGCGCUACCAGCGCCACGCCGAAGUCGCCUCGCAAGGGCCCAGCGGGUUUUCGCAAGUCAUUCUGCACAAGCUGCUCGACGAAACCUGGGGCCACGAGGGCUAUCUCCAGUGGCUGAUGAAUCUGCGCGCAGAGUACACGCAGAAGCGCAAUGCAUUGAUGGCUGCGUGCGAGAAGCAUCUUCCCCGGGACAUUGUCAGCUGGACCCCUCCAGCUUCUGGCAUGUUUGUUUGGCUUACAGUAGACCACACCAAGCAUCCAGAUCACGGCAACCGCAAGCUCGAGGACAUUGAGCAGGAAAUCUUUGACGCUUGCGUCGAUCGCGGUGUACUGGUGGCCCGGGGCUCAUGGUUCCGCGCCGAGCAGCAUGUACCACUGUCUGGACUCUACUUUCGCGCAACCUUUGCCACGGCUAGCCCCGAAAAUAUGGACAUAGCCACCUCACGGCUUGGCGACGCAGUUCGUAGCAGUUUCCAAUAUUCGAAAUAG